AUGCCAAUGUCACAACAAAAUAAUCACACACCGACACGGUUGUACCCUCUUAGUCUUGGGCAAAAUUCUAACCAACCAGCGCCCUACUCCAUGCACACCAUUGAGGAUAUAAGUCUGCCACGACCCCGUUUCUUGUAUCCCGAAAUAGACACGGUUCUUGAAACAGCCAAUUUACUUGAUUUGAGCGACACCGAUACCGACAGCAUUACUUCGUCACAGGAGAUUCAGACUGUUAGAGUCAGGGGCGUAUUGGGUACACUCCGUCACACAUUUUGGGGAAAAGUUCGUUUCUUGCGUUUCAAAAACAACCUGAGAAACACAGUGAGACCCAAUAGGGACCGCAUUAGACGUGCUGACCCAAGACUAAAGAACCAGGAAAACGAGUUGCAGUCUCCGUUUGAAACCCCAAUUUCGACUGGAACUGUAUCUGAGAGUGAGUCUGCCAUGUCUCUUCAGCGGUACGAUACAGCACCGUCCAACUUUGCAGCGCAGAUAUACAACGACCCCGCACGCAACAACGGUACUGAAAACCUCGUCCGCAUUAAUGGCCAGCCCAACUAG